CGCCUUUUGAGUCACAGCAGAACAGAAAAGAAAGCUUAUCAGGCUCAGUCUUGCAAGGUGCACACACGCAGCUGCUAAUAAACCACAAAGAGAGACUUGAUUAAAGAAGCAGCAAUGGACCUGAUUCCAAACUUCUCCAUGGAAACAUGGAUGCUCCUGGCUACGAGCCUGGUGCUUCUCUACCUAUAUGGAACUUAUUCACAUGGAAUUUUUAAAAAGUUGGGAAUUCCUGGGCCCAAACCUCUGCCUUUCUUGGGGUCAGUUCUUGCUUACAGGAAGGGUUUCUGGGAAUUUGACAUACAAUGUCAUAAAAAAUAUGGGAAAAUGUGGGGGUUUUAUGAGGGUCGAAACCCUAUUUUGGCUAUCACGGAUCCAGAUAUGAUCAAAACAGUGCUGGUGAAAGAAUGUUAUUCUACCUUCACAAAUCGGCGGGUAGGCAUCUAUUUAAAAUGUCUUAAUCUAUUUGUUUAUAUAUUAAGGUCUCUUUGCAUGCAUGGGGUAUAUGAACACAUGUGCCUACACACAUCCUACACACAUAUGGAAGCUGGAGGAGGACAUUGGGUGUUCUGUUCUUUCCUCCUUAUUCCCUUCAGAUAGAGUGUCUCAUUGAAC